GACACGCGGCGUUGUGGGGAACGCAACAGCGGAAUGCUGUCCAGGAAGCGCAAAAAGCGGAAUUACUAGAGUAGCAAAUCCUAUCGCGCAUAGGAAGUACAGUACCAACUCGCUUCGAUGGCCACUGGCAUCGAGCUGCUGGUGGCCGCCGCCCUCUGCGUCGCCUGUCCGCCGCAAAACGAGUCCCUGCCGCCCAACCUCUACCAGCUGCGCGAGAACGGCGUCCUGUCCCUGACCACAGAGCCGCCCAUCGAUGUGGAGCCCACGGAUGCCGGACCCGGUGCGGGUCCCUCAGAGGAGACGCUGCAGGACAUUACCAACAAGAAUGACAAGCUGCGCGCGAUGCACGAGUGGAUCGGGGGCAAGCACCUGCGCAUCGCCACCCUGGAGGACUUUCCGCUCAGCUACACCCAAGUCCUGGAGAACAACACCCGUAUCGGCCUUGGAGUCUCGUUUCAGAUCAUUGACUUUCUCAAGAAGAAGUUCAACUUCACCUAUGAGGUGGUCGUGCCCCAGGCCAACAUCAUCGGCUCCCCCAACGACUAUGAACGCAGCCUCAUUGAGAUGGUAAACAAGAGUGAGGUGGACUUGGCGGCGGCCUUCAUACCCUCGCUCUCUGGCCAGCGCAGCGUCGUCUACUACUCCACCACGACGCUGGACGAGGGCGAGUGGAUAAUGGUGAUGCAGCGUCCCCGGGAAUCGGCUAGUGGCUCCGGACUGCUUGCGCCCUUUGAGUUCUGGGUGUGGAUCCUGAUCCUCGUCUCUCUGCUGGCCGUUGGGCCGAUCAUCUACGGGCUGAUCAUCCUGCGGAACCGGUUGACCGGCGACGGCCAGCAGACGCCCUACUCCCUGGGCCACUGCGCGUGGUUCGUCUACGGGGCGCUGAUGAAGCAGGGCAGCACCCUGUCGCCCAUUGCAGACUCGACGCGGUUGCUCUUUGCCACCUGGUGGAUUUUCAUCACGAUACUGACGUCCUUCUACACGGCCAACCUGACCGCUUUCCUGACCCUCUCCAAGUUCACGCUGCCGUACAACACGGUCAACGAUAUCCUCACGAAGAACAAGCACUUUGUGUCCAUGCGGGGCGGUGGAGUGGAGUAUGCCAUUCGAACGACCAAUGAAUCUUUGUCCAUGCUAAACCGAAUGAUCCAGAACAAUUACGCCGUAUUCUCGGAGGAGACCAACGACACCUACAACCUGCAGAACUACGUGGAAAAGAAUGGCUACGUUUUUGUGAGGGAUCGGCCGGCGAUUAACAUAAUGCUGUAUCAGGACUAUUUGUACCGCAAAACAGUCAGCUUUAGUGACGAGAAGGUCCACUGUCCGUUUGCCAUGGCCAAGGAGCCGUUCCUGAAGAAGAUAAGGACCUUCGCCUAUCCCAUCGGUUCGAAUUUGAGCCAAUUAUUUGACCCAGAGCUGCUCAAACUUGUGGAAUCCGGAAUCGUGAAGCACCUGUCAAACGGAGAUAUCCCCAGUGCCGAGAUCUGUCCACAGGACCUCGGUGGAACGGAGCGACAGCUGAGGAACGGCGACCUGAUGAUGACCUACUACAUUAUGCUGGCCGGUUUCGCCACCGCACUAGCCGUCUUCAGCACGGAGCUGCUGUUCCGGUAUAUCAAUAGCCGCCACGAAGCGAAUAAGUGGGCGCGCCACGGGAUCGGACGGACGCCCAAUGGCCAGUCGGUGGCUCCAUCCCGCUGGCUCCGUGGCUGGAGGCGGUUGAACAGUGGACACGGGCAGCUCCUGGGCGCCUCCACCCACGGCCAAAAUGUCACUCCCCCGCCGCCGUACCAGAGCAUCUUCAACGGCGGAAGUCACGGGGAGCCACUGAAUCGAUGGCGCCGCCGUCCUCUCGCAAACGGAAAUGCCCUUGGCAACGGUGUCCUCCUGGGCGGCGAUUCUGAGGGCGGUGUGCGGCGUCUGAUCAACGGACGCGACUACAUGGUAUUCCGCAGUCCAAAUGGUCAGAGCCAACUCGUCCCGGUUAGAUCGCCUUCGGCGGCCCUCUUUCAAUACAGCUACACCGAGUAGAUAUUAAACAAGGGCAGUGAUGGGAAGGUAUCCGAAUUUAUAAGGACGAAUUGGAAAACCCUCUAUAUAACAGGUCAAAUAAUUUAACUGUGUGUUCACAGUUUUUGAUCUUAUUGCAGAAAUGUAUCUGAUAUUAACUUUAAACUAAAGAAAUUAACUCAAAAUUAUGUUUUGUUUCGAUGUGAAAUUGGAUUCUUCCCAUCACUCCACCCAUCACACAUUUAUGUGCAAACUAGACCUGUGACCACAGCACUCGAGACGUAGACAUCCAGUAAGGAAAGCGAUUUUAAUAAAGUGCACCUACAAAUUA